AUGAUGCUGCCAUUAGAUGUAUCGUCACUGUUCACCACCGUUCCGGUAGUUGAAAGCAUAGAAUACCUAGGCGACUUCAUACGGGAAACACACAACCAGAUAUUUAUGACAGUGGAGAUGCUGAAAGAACUACUGACAUGCUGUACACAAAUGUACGGUUUCUCUGUAAAGGCCAGCAAUGUGGCAAUGGGCUUACCACUUGGACCAUUCCUCCCAAAUGUUUUCAUGGGCAAGAUCGAGGAAAUGAAGCUCAAGGAUACUAUCAAUGAUCUGAAGUUCUAUGGUCAAUAUGUGGAUGACAUCUUUUGCCUGACAAAUAAGAUCACUUAUAUCGAUGGUCUAGUCCAAUAA